AUGAGCAAUGACACUCACUUUAGUUUUUUAAGGGCUGGCUGGAUACUUGCAUUGCCAGUCAUGAUUACUGAGGUUUAUCUAACGAUAACCCUAGUCUAUGCACGCCGAGUCCAAUUGCGUCCUCAAGCAGCAGUACCGCAGAUCUACUACGAAGAUGAAGACGCGCGAGUAUCCGCCGCUGAAGAAGUAGACAUAGAAGACGGCGAGGGUUACCUAUCCCAGCGCCAACAACAAGAAUACCAACCACGAACUCGAGCGCUUCCAUCCCCGCGCUCUAAAGACAUAUCAAGCCCUUCAAAGCUUCCGCCAGUCCAAACAAUCCGUAAUUACAACAAAGUAAACGACGACGGGUCAUUCACCUUCGGAUAUGAAGCCGCUGACGGUUCCUUCAAGGAAGAAACCCGUGGAACCGACUGUGUAGUCCGCGGAAAGUACGGUUACAUCGACCCAGACGGCAACCGUCGUGAAUUCGAGUACGUCUCUGGAAAUCCUUGUGACCCCAACGCUCCAAAGGAAGAAGAUGAUGAAUUACCCAGCAAGCAGGAGCCAGAUGAAGUUGGUGGCCCAGCAAACUAUCCGCUGAUCCGUCCUAGACCCGUUCCUCAAAACUACCCCCGAAAGUCCACAGCUCGACCACCCACGACCAUUUUCCAAAGCGAGCUGAACCUGGAAGACGAGGAAGCCAGUCAAGAAUUGAAAGCUAACGACGAGCCCGCAAUUCGACCAACUUACCGUCCGAAGCCUCGUCCGAAUUACCUCCAGGUUUCUCAAGUCCAGGGCGAGAGUCUCUCUUACGAGAGUCCAAAUGCCGUCACCCAGUCUGCUAGCACCACUGCCAGUCCUGUCUAUAGAGUAACCUCCCCAGCACCUCGGUACCACAGUUUGGCAAGUCCCACAACUUCACGCCACGUGCCCACACCUUCUUACCAGGCCCUGGAGUCAACGUCACCUCGUCCACAAUCGACAGUCGCCAUCACCCCAAGGCCCCACGUCUUGCAAAUCGCUUCUCAAUACGUCUCGCCCACCAGCACCGAAAGGCCCGGAGUCGUCUACGCCAGACAAAGGAGCACCACUGCCAAUUCUUUGAUACCUUCACCGUCUUCCAAUGACGUGCACCUGAACUUCGCUGCAGAACUGGAGCGAUACGUCAAAACUGUCCCGGUGACGAACCGACCUGUUACCAAAGUGUCCUCUGUCAAGGCAGAGCCAAUUUACCAAUCAGAGCUGGUUUACGAUCCCAGCAGUGGACAGUACAACACACAAUUGUACCAAAGCUUGCCGCAAAAUCUGGGAGACUAUAGGGUCAAUCACAAGUUGCAGCCGUAUGUGGCUCAGCAGGAAGUUCAGGCUCAUGCCGUUCUUCAACAGCAGCAGAGACACCAACAGUUACAACAGCAGAGACAGCAGUACCAGGCCCAACAGGCUCAACAGGCUCCUCGACCCACUCCCAGAUCUCAACCUCAGGAGACUAUCUAUCGCCAGCAGCAAACUGAUCAAUUGCUACAGUCUCAGCAGCUUUUUGCUCAGCAGCAACAACGCCAGCAGCAGCAACAGCAGCCGGAGCCCAAGUAUCAGUAUCUUGCUUCUCAGAGAGAUCCUAAUUCUUAUUAUUAUGCUGUUGCUCCGUCACAGAAUCAGAGAGAUGCUCCGCUUUCGUUGAGCCAGAUUGAUCAGUUCUUGCGUGGUAGCACUGCUGGGUUUCAGUUAGCUUAA